AACAUUCUGGGUGUGGUGUUUAGGAAUAGAGGUAAAUUUACUGAUUCAUUGAUUGAUGUGUGGGGUGGCAUCGCUGGAAGCAGGCCCACGGUACCAUUCAAGAUAGAACCGCCACUGAUCUCCGCCCACCAGGGACAGCCUCCCCCUGUUAACCCGCUGAUAACCCCCCACACACCGGCUCCUUUGACUUCUGGCCACAGUGGACGCUGGUCACAGACCUCUGGGGAAUGGGACCAAAAAUCACCAUGAAGAAAAACUCUGCCUUUUUUCGGAUGAUACCGCUCCGGAAGCAUCUUUUUAUCCAAAGGGAAUAAACUUUCUUCAAACCAGGAACAAGGGCAAGACAUUUUCAAAUGGGAUUAAAAUCUGAGUGCCAGUUUGUUUUCAACUGAGGCACAUUUUCAAGGACUUUCUACAGUGAGGUGUGAAAAUGUUCUUCACACUCUUUCUACUAGAAUAAAGCAGCGGAAGUCUAUUGUUAGAGGGCCCGUGAUUAUAUCUAAAGGUGCGUUCCUGGGGGCCCCCUUGCAUGGCGCUGAAAGGUUUGGCACCAGGAAGGGGAGUUUACUGGUUUCCAUGCAGUACUGGGGGUGAAAAAAUGGCAAAGUGGUUCAAGGAGCUCCCUAUGGCUCUGAAGAACGGCACGGACAAGAUGCGCUCAGUCUCCGAGCCAGGUUCCCAGCAGAGGGCAAAUAAAGCCGGCUUGGUGAGCAGCAUCGGGACCAGAACCGCGGGGGGCGCAGGCGUCGGCGCCCUGCUGUCCGGAAGGAGCCGGAAAAUCGCCGGCGUGGAGGCGAGCAGGAACGGCGUCGGGGGGCAGAAGGACGGGAAAGUCUGGGACACCUUGCUGUCUGGGAAAAGCCGCAAAAACUCCAAAGCAGAGGCGGCGCCGGAGGAGCAGCAGCAGCGACCCCAGAAGACCUCCCCGCCCGCCUGCGCCUACAUCAGCCGGAUGAUAAGAGUGGACAAACAGGACAGAAGCCCCAUCAGCAGCCCGGUGGCCCCUGAAGCGGAGAAACCUGCAGCCCAGUGCAAAACGGAGACUUUGAUCAUUCUCGAGGAUUAUGCGGACCCCUUUGAUGCGCAGAAGACCAGAGAGCAAAGGGAGGCGGAGAGGGCCGGGGAGAACGACGGCUACAUGGAGCCGUACGACGCACAACAGAUGAUAACCGAGAUCAGACGCCGGGGAUCUAAAGACCUGCUGAGGGUGUGCGGGCCGGCGGAUGGGAGCGAGGGAGCUGCAGAGAAAGUUCAGCCGGCCGCCAUCUAUGACGACCCAUAUGAGGGAAGUGUUGACGCUGAGAGGACGGCGGCGGCCAAGCCGGAGCUGGACCAGCGUCCUGCCACUGAGUACGAGCUGCCCUGGGAGUGGAGGAAGCGGCACAUUGUCAGGACCUUAUCGGCACAAUCUGACAACCCGGUCAAAGAAGAGACGUGUCAUCACACGUUCACCAGGCAGGCCCAGCUGCAGCAGCAUCCGCAUCUGAGGCAGAAAAGCAGAAGCCAAAGGAGCCUGAGAUCCUCUCACCCGACUCUGCUGCCAUCUUCGGUUCCCUGCGGCGGCCCUGACGGUGAGCCUCGCUGCGUGGACCCUUCACUGCCCCUGGAAAAACAAAGCUGGUACCAUGGUUGUGUGAGCCGGCAGGAGGCGGAGCUCCAGCUGCAGUCCUGCAAGGAAGCCAGCUUCCUGGUCAGGAACAGCGAGUCAGACAGCAGCAAGUACUCCAUCGCCCUCAAGACGAGUCAGGGCUGUGUUCACAUCAUGGUGGCCCAGACCAAAGAGAACGGCUACACCCUGGACCAGAGCAGCUGCGUGUUCCCCAGCAUCCCGGAGGUGGUGCACCAUUACUGCACCAGGCGGCUGCCUUUCAACGGGGCAGAGCACAUGACGCUGCUCCACCCUGUGCCUCGCCACCACUGACUCUGACCUUUAAAACCUCAUAGGUAUAUGAACUGGAAAUUACAG